AAUGGACUUUGUUCUGAAUCCAAAAAUGUUUCCAAUAUAAAUGCCAAUGUUCAUUAAGAAGUAUUACCCAGCCUCCCUGCUGUUAAUAUUUAAUCCAGCUGGUACAGAAGAACUUGAUCAGAGGGAUCAUGGCUGGUAACACCUGCACGUUAUUAGCUGGAGGUGAAGUUUGGGUUUGGGUUUAGGUGGGAAUCGCCCAUGGAAACAGCAUCGGCAGUGAUUUAGGUAGGUUGUUGCAAGGUUCUCAUGCUAUUGGGCUCAAAAUGUCACCAGGCAGGAACUGGAAGACAUUCUUCUCUCACACGCACGUAGCCUUGUGAGCGUGUCAGAUGUGCCAAAGGGCUGCACAGUGAUCCGCUACACAGCUCCCUGGAGAAUGGUGUUUUUCUCAGAAUCCUGCAGCAUCCGAUCCCUCCGGACCCCUGCGCAGCAGCUCCUGCAACUGCUCUUUGACCACAGGCUCGAGAAGAACCCGCUGCUGUUUCACGUCUUCAGUAACGGCGGUGUCAUGCUGUACCGCUACGUCGUGGAGCUGCUCCAUACGCACAGGCAGUUCAAGUACCUCCGGGUGGUAGGCACCGUCUUUGACAGCAGCCCUGGCAGGCGGAACGUGCUGGGCAGCCUCCGUGCCUUGGCAGCGGUCUUGUCCUCAACGAACGUGCUGCUCCGGUCCUCCCUCCUGCUUGUGUUUGCUGUCCUGGUUGUGAUUCUGCGGAUCAUGCUGUAUCCUCUGACCCGCUUUCUUCAUGAGAACCAUUACGACGCCCUGCUGAAAGGCCCCUCGAGGUGGCCUGAGCUCUAUCUCUACUCCAAGGCUGACAAAAUCAUCAAGGCCGGUGAUGUAGAGCACAUGGCUGAGGCACGGCGGCAGCAUGGCGUCCAGGUGAAGGCGGUCGACUUCUUGGACUCUGGUCACGUCAGCCACCUUCGGGCCUACCCCUUCUAUUACACCAGCCUGUGUGGCUCCUUCCUGUCUGACUGCACUGGGGGCUCAUAGCUGCUCUGAGACAUAGUCCAGCACGUGCUGCCUUAGACAGGGACCAGACUGCUGUCUCGCCAUGCCCCUCUCUCCCUUCAACACUUCUCUGCUGUCAGUAAAGUCCGGAGCUGCCCAGAAGGUGAUGGCACAGAACUCCUGCUUCCUCUGCAGGCCUUGCCAUUGCUAAACACAGGUCUUUGGACCAGUUGGAGGGACAGGUCAGACAAGGAGACAGGAGACUGGUGUAACGUGCAUGGCAGGGGUUGCAAUUCUGACCCUGUUGAAGUCACUGGGAUUUUGAAGGAGGCAAAGGUUUCACAAUAAGGGGGUUGGGGGAGAAGCAAACUAUCACACUGGGGAGUGCCGCAUAACCCUUCUUGCCCCUUUGGUAGCUGCUUUCCCGGCUGUCUCCCCCAUUCUGACCCCACCACCGUCUCUGCCCACUAUGCAUCACUUCCAUUGCAGACAUCCUGUGUGGUGUCUACCAGAACCGGGAUCUUUAGUCUCCCUUCCUCUCCUGCCGUUCCUGCCACCUUGCAGCAGUUAGUGGGAGCUCUGCAGGGUGGCAUGGUUCUUCCUCUCGCCAGCUGUCUUGCCCCAACCCCAGGGCAUUACAGGGUUUGAGACCAGGCCCCCAGAUCAAACAUGGGGUCUCAGGAAGGGUGGUGUGUGGAAGUGUGACUGAGUUGUCAGCCUGGCUUCAUCUCACGGCCUGGAGAGGAUGGUAGCAGGCCUGAGCUCCUCUUUGGGCUCCAACCUUGUCAGCCAUCUGACUUUAAAGCUUUUGGUGGAAGAGUAAAAAGAAAUAAGAUGUGAA